AUGGAUGCCAAGUCGCCAGAGGAUGUCAUGGCCUUUGCGGUCGCCCACCAACGGCCCAAGUCGAGCUUUCAAGGUUGUUCGAGGAUCACCGACUACGUACUGUUGGGUAAGCUUGGUGAAGGAACCUUUGGUGAGGUGCAUCGAGCCCGCUCGCGAAAGACAAACGCGCUCGUCGCGUUGAAGAAAAUCAUCAUGCACCACGAAAAAGAUGGCUUCCCCAUUACGGCGCUAAGAGAAAUUCGGCUUCUCAAAUUUCUCUCUCACAAGAAUGUUCUCAGCCUCGAGGACAUGGCUGUCGAGCAUUCACAACGGCCGACGGAUAAACGAAGGAAGCCCAUCAUGUACAUGGUCAUGCCCUACAUGGACCACGACCUAUCGGGUCUGCUCGACAACCCAUCCGUCCACUUUACGGAACCUCAGAUCAAGUGCUACAUGGUCCAACUUCUCGAAGGCCUUCGAUACCUCCACGAGAACCGAAUCCUCCACCGAGAUAUGAAGGCGGCCAACCUACUUAUCAGCAACAAAGGCAUCCUCCAAAUUGCGGAUUUCGGUCUGGCGAGGUUUUACGAGGGACCACGACCCAAACCGGGGCUUCCCGUGGGCGAGGGGAGGAGGGAAUAUACCGGCCUGGUUGUGACGCGGUGGUACCGCCCUCCUGAGCUAUUGCUGCACCUCAAGAGGUACACGGCCGCAAUCGAUAUCUGGGGUGUAGGAUGUAUCUUUGGCGAGAUGCUCGUUGGAAAGCCCAUUCUCACGGGUGAAUCCGAUGGCCAUCAACUAGAGCUCAUAUGGGAUCUUGUUGGAUCCCCACCGAAGACAACAUGGCUGGGUGGAAGAAUUUGCCUGGUGGUGAGGUUCUUAAUCCGAGACCUCGACCGGGAUGUCUUGGCACUAGAUUCAAGGAGCACGGUGCCGGUGCUGUGUCCCUCCUCAAAGAACUUCUCAAGCUCGACUGGAGGACGAGGAUAA